AGUGGCGUCAAGUUACAAUCAAAGCCAAAUACUUCAUCCGGCCACAAACCUUAGAAAUUAAAAGCCAACACACGCCACUGUGAAAAUGUCACGAUAGGCUGGCACAAAUUGUGUGUCUAAUUAUCAGAAUUAAGUUGGAAAUUUUACUGUUUCACGGUUGUCAUUGCAAUUACAGACAUAUAUUCUUCAGAAUAUUUUGGGGGUUUUCGUUAAAGCUUUAUGUUGAAGGGUAGCUUACUGUUUUUCCGGUAAAUCCGUGUGUUGUGACGCAGCCGGUCCAGGUUGUUGGCCGAGGUUGCUUUUCUCUUGAACGUUAUUACAUUCGUCUACCAGCUUCCGAGAUUACUGCUGCUGGGGGAUUUUUUUAGACCGUUGCUAAAGUUAGAGACACACCUAAGUUAUUUUAAAUUUUAUUUUAUACUUUAUGCAGUAUAUAUCCGCUAUUAACCGGGAAGGGUCGUCAGAAUCUGUUUGAAAAAAUAUGGACAUGAGAUUUUAAGUUUGAUAAGCGAGCGACAUUAGCUAAACUUUAGCCGAUUAACUGAGCUAAUUAAGGGCUGAAAAUGUCGGAGGAGAACAUCAGCUUGUGUGAUUUGUUGAACUUGUCCAUCGGGACGCCUCAGAAAGGAGCUGUCAACUUCAGCGCCCUACACGCCCUGCUGCACGCCGUCCUGACACAGCUGGACAUCCGGGAGAUGAAGACCCGGUGGAGGGACACCCCUUCCGGCCACCAGCACCCUGAUGCUCCGGUGGAUGUGGUCGCUCCCGAGCAGGACCACCACAUUCAGUCCUCUCCGUCGCCGACGUCCUCCUCCUACCAGCGGAGGCUCCAGUCCCGCGUCCAGACCUGCGAGGACGACGUGUCCAAGGCCAUGAAGCUCAUACAGGAGCUCCACAACCAAAAAGAUGAUCUGAAGGAAGAGCUGAAGGAGCUCCGUGACCAACAGAAGAUGGUCGGUGCUCAGACGGAGACGGUCACUGUGGUGGAGAAGUGCUGCCACCGUGUGGACGCUCUGGAGGAGACUGUGAGAUCUCUGAGGGACUCGUUUCAGAAGGACCCGGAGCCACAGGAGCUGAGUCAGUGCGUCACCUGGGACGCCAUGCAGUCGGCUCUGCUCGGCGACACGGGAAGCCCUCAGAAGGCCACGUUCACACCUUUGAACAGCCACAGCCCUCCCCCGACCCCCCAGCCUGUCGGCGAGACCGGCAGCCCAGCAGCUCCCAUAUCUCCACGGGAAGAGCUGGGCACCCGUCCUCCGGUCCUGUCAGGUCUUCCGCAGCGGACUCAUCCUGGAACAGGCCAGGCGGCUGCUCGAAUCCUCCCGUGUCAGAGUGGCCCUGAACGCUACCCAGAGACGGUGGAGGCCCUGAGGAGCAUCAGCAAACUGACAGAGAGGUUCAGUGAGCUGGGAGCUCGAGUUGCAGCGCUGGAAGAAGGAAAGGUGGAGCAGGUGGAGCUGAGCCACCUCAGAGAGCUCCUCACUGAGCAGGGUUCUCAGGAUGCAGCGAAUAACCUAAAGGAUCAACUGAAGCAGCAGAGCGCGCUGAUAGACAGCCUGACGAGUGAGCGGGAGAAGGACGUGCAGCUGCUGAACGGCCUGCAGAAGGCCGUCCUGCAGCUUCAAGCAGAGUGUGAAAACCUGCACGAGGACAACAGACAGAAACGGAGCUUCAUCGAGGAGCUGCACAAGACGACGGAGGAGCUGGAGGAGAAGAAGGCCGACAGGCAGAUGGUUGAAAGUGAAAUGAGAGCAGAUAAAUGUGCCCUGGACAGCAAAGUGAGUCGGCUGCAGUUUGACUCCACGACGGAGCAGCUCAACACGAUGUUCCACAAGCUGCUCAACAAGGUGACGGGCCAGGAGCAGGACUGGCACAAAGUCAUCGACAAGCUCUCCACCGAGAUGGAGUGCAAGCUGAACAGGAUCGAGUUGGACUCGGUGAAGAAGCAGCUGGAAGGUCGUUGGAGGAACAUCCACGAGAAGCUGCAGGCUCAGGGAGCUCCGGAGCACGAGGACGCUGCUGCUUUAAGGAAGCAGCUGGUGGACAGAUUUCACUGCCUCUCCUGUGACCGACCUGUUGUCAAGUACACGUCCACACCACAUUUGGUGAAGCUGCCUUCCACUCCGGGAUUUCCCGCCCACAGAUCCAUCAGGCCGUUUACUGUCUACGCUCUGGAACAGUUCAGACAGCACUACAGGAGCGAGCGGAUCUCUGAGCUGAUGGACUACAGUCACUUGAACGUGUCGCGGAGCUGCGGGGGGAGUCACACGGUGACAUCGGCCAGCCAGCGGCGCAGCGGCCUGCAGUCCGUGAAGAACCACACCCAGACUGAGGGGGACGCCGUGACUCAGUCAGAGGAGGUCGAUAUCGUCGGACUGGACGGUCAUAUUUACAAAGGUCGCCUGAACGCACCUGCUGUCAGGAACAUAGAAACUAAACUACCUACGAUCUCCAGCAAAGACGGUUCGAGCAAAACAAAAGACAAAACCAAGUGCUACAAACCUGCUGCGUCUCCGGACGUGGGACACGGCGCCUCGCUUCAUCGCCCGCACAGUGCCAGGAGCGUCCAGUGCAGCCGCUCAGCCUCCUGCAGCUCGGGUCGGGACUGGCCCGUGUCGGCUCUGGGCUGCGUGUCCCACGGCUCCCUCGCUCAGGCUUCAGCUGCAGCAGACAGCAACACGGAGCCUCAGGCUGAUGAGCCGCUCGACCUGUAGGGGGCGACACAAAGCCUGAACUGCUUUUAUAUGUCAUAUGUAGCUCUGCACACAGAAGGAAAACCUUUAUGCACUACAUGUCCCACAAGUCACCUGUCAAACCCUGCGCCUGUUCGUUUUCUUUACUUUGACUUUCUCUGAUCAGCCACUUCAAGUCCUGUUGUUAUUAUUAAUAAAUAUGAGUGUGAAUUUCAUUGCU